AUGGCCACUUCCAUCUCCUCCACCCACCCUUCUCUCAGCGAAAGCAUCCUCUCGCCAUCAGCAGCAACCUCGUCGUACGCCGCCUCAUCCACACUCUACUCCCUCUCCGGCACCCCAUCCUCCACCAACACCACCAGCUAUACGCUCUCUCUCAGCGGCACGGACCAUCUCCGCGACGUGUUCACCAAACGCAUCCGCAGCCUCGUCUACCUCAAGCGCACGCUACAAGGCCAGAGUGCGUGGUUUCAGGUGGUCCAGCUCAAACCGAACGAGCUCGCGUCUGUGUAUGACAAUGAUCGUAUGCACAAGCGCACGCUGCGCUACUCGUUGUUGGGGUUGAGUCUUUCCGGUAUCCUCGAAAUCGCGAACCCGAGCGAUUUGGCGAGGGCGGUCGUAUCGUUGGUUAAUGAGUUGGAGGGGUGUACAGAUGACAAUCUUGCUGCGCUGACCAGUGGUCCGAGUGCUGCGAACUUUGGUGCGCAGAGGCCGAAGAUGCGCAGCUUCUUCAAGAGUGGCAAGCAGUCGUUGAAGCGCUCGACGGCAGCGCAGGCGAUCAGCGAAUUCGGGAUGCUCGACUCGAACAUGGGUCCAGCGUCGACGUCGACUGGUAGCAACGAGCAGGCGUCGUACUUGAUGGCCCCCAACAUCCCGUUUCAGCUCGAUUUCUUCCAGACUUUCUUCACGCUAUGUGACAUGCUCACAGAGGUCUACCACAAGAUGCUAUCGUUCUUGCCGAGAGACGCUGCGGGUCAUGGUGCAGAUGCAACAACGCAGAGCUAUGGCACUUUCCCGAGGGCGUCGUCACCUCCCAUAUCGGUUCCGGCUUCGGGCCACGCAAGCCAAGAUCAAGAGAGUCGAACAGGGAGCAUCAGUCAGGCUUUCUCAACGGCGACCGCCAAUGACACAUACACAGACAGCUCUGUCGACAAAACCGGGUUUGCGAGCGCUGCAGCACCCGUGAUCAGCGGGAUGACACAAGAACUGUUGCUCAAAGCAGAUGCCAAAAUAAAAAAGGUGAUCAACGCUCAAGUUAAGGAUAUCGACAACUUCGCACGGCAGGCGAUAAAGGACGAACUAGCCUCUCUCGACCCACUUAUGAAGGAUCUUGGUCUGGGCACGCCUGCUGGCAGCGCCAACUCUGCGUCGUUGUCGCUUGCGUCAACAUCCAGAACCACCUCGGCUUUCACGAGCACCAUCCCAACCAGCAGCAGUGGUGGCGGGCAUGGCGGAGGCAGCAGCGGUCUCCCCACCUCAUCAACGUCAUCCCUCCCCUUCGGAUUCCCCGGCCAACCCUCUUCCUCCGCGCCCAUUCCCUCCUCGUCGGCUACUACCCACUCCUCAAGACUCACCAACAUCGUGCCAGCCUCCAGCCUACCCUCGCACUUCAGACGCGCCAAGCCAGACGUCGUUCGAACAUCACAAGACUCAGCGCACCAUGGGCACCAUCAGUUCAACCUCGCUUCGCUGAGCGGCGGCACGGGUGUGAGCGGAAGCGAGGACGCAGCGGAAACACCGGGCGGGAUUGGGUCGUUGAUUAGAUCGCGGUCAGGUCGGUUGCGGAGCAUCGUCAGUUCGGAUAAGGAUGCGCGGGGGGAGGAUGCGAGUGUACCCGUGUACCCAGGGAGUGCGGGGACGAGUCCCAUUAAGGAGUCGUAA